AUGAAUCCGUAUCUGCGCUGGGCGAUUUUGCUUCUCGUCGCCGGUGGGCUGGCUUACUACUACCGAAAGGGUUCUCCCAAGCCGAAAUCAUCCUCCAUCAGAUCGAGCCUGGAGAAAACAGACCAGUCUCUGUCGACUAAAAAGCUGAAACAGCGCAAGCCGAAGAAGGCGCCUGAAGCGACAAAUACCAGUGGUAGCCCUACCCCGACCCCGCAACCUCAACCUCAACCGGGAGUAGCGCCUGCCACAACGUCUGCCGCUGCCGAUGAGGGCAUGAGCAACCUCGAGUUCGCUAAACAAUUCUCCAAGGUGAGAGAAGGAAAUGCUAUCGCGACCGGUACCUCGAAGAAGGCCACUCCAGCACCCCAGCCGGUAUCUCGCCCGAUGACGGGAGGCAGCGAUGCGCCUGGUUCGACCAGUGCUUCAUCUUCGAUGACCGGAGGGGAUGCAGAUGACGAUCUGUCUCCCAUCGGAUCCCCAGUUAUCAAGCCAGCUGGCGACGUAUCCGACAUGCUCGAGGCACCUGCACCUGGAGCGUCUGUCCUCCGACUCACCGGAUCGAUUGAAGACGAGCAGAAGGCGAAGAAGAAGACCAAGAAGUCUGAUGGAUUUAAACCGGCGGAGACCAAGAAACAGAGACAGCAGCGAAUCAAGAGGGAGAAUAACAAGCGAAUGGUUCAAGAGGCGGAGACGCAGAGACGCGCUCUUCUUGAGAAGCAGCUCCACACUGCCCGCGAGCACGAGCGCCAGGAGGCCGCGAAGUCCAAGCCACCAACCUCAAACGCGUGGGCGCCUACUGCUCUCAUGAACGGAGUGAAGAAGACCGAAAGCUCCCCAGCUGCGCUCCUUGACACUUUCGAGCCAGGCACCAAGGACGCUACCCUCAAGUCAAAGGACAAUAACAACAACAAAGGUUCAGCGGCAGCGCCAAGGAACUGGACGGAUGACUUACCUUCAGAGGAAGAGCAGAUCAGGCUUUUGAGUGCCAUGAGCAGCGAGAAUGAAUGGACGACGGUUUCAAACAAGAAAAGGGACCGGCGCCGAGCAAACAAUCCAGGUGGGGCAAUGAGUGAUACAAGCACCUCAGACGCCCAGGUUGUCAAGCCUGAACCUGAACCUGUUGUGAAGAGCCGUCCCCAUGUAGAAGAGAAGACAUGGACAGAGCAAGGCCAUCCUCUUGAUUCUGAAUGGGCUGCGUGAACAGGAAACAAAUUAAAAAAAAGAAAAGAACAAAGAAAGCCAGCAUCUAUUUACUCUCCAC